AUGGCGCCUCGCCAGUGUCAGAUCCACUGUAUAGGAGCAGCCCUAUACAUACUCACUCGCUUUUCAUUUUGACUUUAGAGAAGCCCUUGCCUUGUCCCUUUUUCUCCUAUCGGUCCGCGCGCGUUUUUCUGCUCUUUAAAACUUUUUCUUUUUUAACACACACAUAUAUCGAGAGGGCACUCUCCAGUUUGUGCUGCUGUACAUCGUCACGCUCCGGGAGUAGCGGACACACAUUUCAAUCUCAUCCGCGUGUGCGCGUAAUUAUGAAGUUGGAACACGUCGAAGCUUCGUCUUCUGCCGGUUGUCUGCCACCGCAUCACCAUCACCAUCCGCUGAUGAUUAUGGAUCACCUGAGUCCCGCUUCCGCUUCGUCCACGGCAGCCCUGCAGGAUCUGAUGCAGCAGCAUCAUUCCAGCAUGAUGGGCGGACACCAUCACCAUCACCUGCAUCACCAGCAACAACUGCACCAGCAGCAACAAGCGGCCGUCGAAAGUUCGUUAGCCGACAGCACCGAAGACAAAAUCACGGCGGCCGCUACGGCCCCGACGUCAGCCUCGAGCGGCACCACUUCAUCCGGUAGUAGCGCCAACAACAACAGCAGCAGUGGCAGUAAAAAAUCCUCAUCCGCCAAUAAUUCUUCCGGAUCCAGUAGCGCUACUGGCGGAUCGGCUUCCUCGUCAUCGGCGACGGCGGCCUCGGGAGUCAGGCGACAGGAGAAACCGCCGUAUUCCUACAUCGCCUUGAUCGUCAUGGCCAUCCAGAGCUCGGCCAGCAAGCGGCUGACGUUGAGCGAAAUCUACCAGUUCCUCCAGCAGCGCUUCCCAUUCUUCCGGGGAUCCUAUCAGGGCUGGAAGAACUCGGUGCGUCACAAUCUCUCACUCAACGAGUGUUUCAUCAAACUGCCAAAAGGCCUGGGGCGGCCGGGCAAAGGUCACUACUGGACCAUCGAUCCGGCCUCCGAGUUCAUGUUUGAAGAGGGCAGUUUCAGGCGCAGGCCGAGAGGCUUCCGGCGCAAAUGCCAAGCCCUCAAACCGUAUCACAGUUUCUUCCAGAACGGAAUCAAUCCGGCGUCGGUGACGGCGGCGGCCGCAGCUUCCGCCGCCCAUUUGGCGCUGGCCAAUUCCGGUGCCCCGACCUACGAUCUUCAACAACAGCAGCAGUCCCUCCUUUCGCAGCAACAACAAUCUCAACAACAACAACAACAGCAACAACAACAUCAGCAAUCGAAUAAUUGUUCGUCGGGAUUGAGUCAGUUGGCCAGUCAACACCAACCCGAUUACAGCAGUUUGCAUCCGAGUUGUUCGUACAACGGGUCGUCGUCGGUUGUCCAACAACACUACAACAACGCCUACAGCAGUUCCGGCGGUUACCUGUCGGCCUGCGGCAACGGCGCCGAUUAUUACACCAACGGUGGCGGAGGAGUGGUGGUCACGUCGACGUCGUCCGUUAUUGGUCAGAGCAAUCUCAGUCCGACCACUUCAUCGCCGGCCUGCGAUUGGACGACCAACGCGGCGGCAGCAGCGGCCGCUGCAGCCGCUGCUGCUGCGGCGGCGGCUGCGGCUGCCGUGGCCACAUCGUCCAACAGCUCGACCAUGCACUACCAUCAUCACGGGAUGACCAGUUUGUCGUCCAAUUGCAGUUCGGGAGGUCUGGGGCUUCAGCAAAGCUACACGACGUCCAAGACACCGCAGAAUAUGAGUCCGGCCUCGUCGGCCUCGUCCAUCCACCUCCAUCACCAUCACCAACAACAUCACCAGGACAGCGGAUUGGCAGGUACCGACGGAGGUUACACCACGGCCAAUUUACAAGCCAUGGAAGCCGUCGUCGACAUCCCCCUCUCAUCAGAUCCGUGGACGGUGAGCUACAACGCCUAUUACCGAGGCAGAGAAACGGGCGGGGCGACUAGCAACUACGUCCUGUAACCUCUUACAUACAAGACGAAAGUUGUCUUGUUCGCAACGAUUCUACUCAACUCUUUGUACAUAAAUUAAUUCAUCAAAGUCAUCUCUACUCGUCACAAUUCUUCGUACAAUGCAAUAAGCGCAAACGUUCUUUUCAAGCAUCCUCAGCAUAAACAGGUGCAGAUCCGACAACGACAAUUCAUCUUUGAAGGCCUUUGGUUCGCAACCGCUUCUAUUGUAACCAACCUCCGUGUGUAAAAACAAACAAUAACGAAAAAAGAACUCUCUACCAGUAAAUCUACUUAAUUAUUAGGGUCCCUUCCGUGCAUGUCGACAUGAAAAUUGUUUUUAAAAUUUAUGCUGCUGCUGCUCUGCGACGAGUGCGUGUCUGACGUUGUUUCCCGAACGACAAUCACGUAUAAUAGGCCUUCUGAUGAAAAACGAUGGGUAUGGCGCUAGUCCGUAUAUAUUUCAGAUGACUCAACCAGUAAUCAUUUGCCGUUUGAAUGAGUAUACCUAAUUAUUGUAUAUUCAUGUUGUAACAAAAUAUAUAACUCGAUUUGUCCAAGAUAAAAAUUAUGGAAACUCUUGAUUUGUGUGUAAUAAUAAUCAAAUGCAAUAACAAAAUGAGGAGAGUCUCAAUCCGUACACUGUUGCCCCUCCCCCCGUCUCGGAAAUCUUAUCUUUGAUAUAUAGACCUGUACAUAUAUCUCUCUACACACGCCUUGAUAUUCAUUUCCUUUUUUCCCUGAUGUAGUACUUCCUCUUCUUCUUCCUCGACACUUGAACACUUCUGAUAUAGUCCGCCAUCACAUAUAGUCGAUAUGGUCUCUGCUCUUCUUCGUAAUAAAUCAUGUUGCUGUAAAAUACAACAGUCAAAAGCC